AUUUAAUUUCACGAUCUUUACCAUAUUUGUUUGUCACCCCAUCAUGAUGUGAGGACCACGCCCACUACUCAGCAAAAGGGCGCCCUUGACAGUAUACAUUUGAGGCAGCAAAGAAAGAAAUGGGCGUACAGUUAAGAAAAAACAGGUAUGACCUCUCUCAAUGACAUCAAGAAGAACCUCAAAGGGUAUCGCUAUGCAGACCGGACUGCCAGGGAUGCUCUCACACUCACUGAGAAUUUUCGGAAUCUGAAAGUCAAAGACAUGAAAUCAUUCGUUCACAGUAAUGGCAGUAAGGAGAACUGCGUGUCAGUGAGUGGGACCAUACCAGUCCAUAUCAAAGGGACUAAUUACAACAUCCCCGUGACUAUUUGGUUGCGUCCCACUCAUCCAUACAGCUCCCCCAUAGUCUACGUGACCCCCACGGAGGACAUGGGGAUACAACAGUCACGCUAUGUGGACGCGAGUGGACUCGUCUACCUGCCCUACCUCAGCGAGUGGAAACAGAACUCCUCUGACCUCCCCACUCUCACUCAAGUUUUGUGUGCCACAUUUGCUGAACAUUGUCCAGUGUACAGUAAGAGUAAGGUUCUCAAGCAGCAACAACCGACACCCCAGUCCGUACAGCCACCCAGCACCUAUGCCACACCCUCUAAAAUUCCCACCCCCCAGCAGUACGGAAACACUCCUCCCAGAGGACCCUAUCCUGAGAAGAAACAAUUGCUAACGAUGGCCGAAGGACCUGAUCCAGUUGUUGCUGAUCUCGAACAAGAAGUGACCUGUGGUGUCUGUCAUGACCGCUACCAGGAGCCAAAGCUGCUCCCUUGUUGUCACUACUACUGCAAGCAAUGCAUCCUCACACUCUCCAGUCGCUACCGACCCAACCAGCCGUUCCCCUGCCCCGACUGUCGUGAGCCCACUCUAUUACCAGACAACAACCCAGACAGACUGCCCACUGCGUUCUUUAUCAACCGAAUGAAAGCACUCCACUCGAGGAUGGAGAAAGCCCACGGCAAGUUGGAGACUACUUGUGAAAUGUGCUCUGGAGGAAAGGCUACUGCAUUUUGCCGACAGUGUGUCAAUUUCAUCUGUGAAGAUUGUGUAAGAUCUCAUCAGCGUAUGAAAGCUGUGUUUUCUACACAUAUCGUUUCCACUCUGGACGAGCUCAAACAGGGCGAAGUGAAAGAACUAACAUUCAAAAGCCCACCACCCCCAAAAUGUGAAGAUCACGACGAGCCAAAAAAGAUUUUCUGUUUUGAUUGCGACAAGCUCAUCUGUCGAGACUGUGUUGUGUUCGAUCACCGUGACCACAAGUCAGAGUUUGUAAAGAAAGCCGCCCCCGCAACUCAUCAAAAGCUGGCGGAGCACCUCUCCCCACUCAAGAACCUACUGCCUGAUCUGAGCACCGCUGUGAAUCAAGUGAAAGGAACUAAACAAGAGAUCCAUGCCCAAAAAGAACUGACAGAGAGACAAGUGAAUGCCAAGUUCCAGGAGCUACAUGUACACAAAGAAACUUCUGCUAUGUCUGAUUCAAAGACGGAGAAGGUGGAGUCAACCCUAUUCACCAAGAUCCUUAAUAAGGAGAUUCCAGCCUCUAUUGUACAUGAAGACGACCAGUGUAUGGCCUUCCGAGAUGUGAAUCCAGUUUCCUCCACCCACAUUCUGGUGAUUCCACGGAAACCUAUUCCCAUGCUAUCAGCUGCACAGGACGACGAUACUCAGCUGCUGGGUCACCUGCUCCAGGUUGCGAGGAGAGUGGCUGACUCUGAGAAGUUGGAGGAGGGAUAUCGAAUUGUGAUCAACAAUGGUAAGCAUGGAGCUCAGUCUGUCUACCACCUCCACAUUCACAUCAUGGGAGGAAGACAGUUCGAGUGGCCACCUGGAUAAAUGACAUUAAUAACUAUAUUUUUUUACAAUUUUUUAGUGAUAAUGACUUUUUUAUUUUUCGGUAUUUACCAUAAUUAUUAGUCUUUUGUUGA